CUCGCCACCACUCAUUCCGAAUUGUUAAUUUGCCUGCCUGUUGGUCUAGGGCCGAACAUCGGCGAGGAUAAAAAUGCAGCAAGUAUGGAUGGAUGUCGAAUCCGACUGGCCAAUGAAAAGAAGGGUAAACGCAGUCACCAUUCAUACAAAAGCAAGCCCUACCUUGCCUAAUGGGUUAGAGGCAAGCAAUGAGAAGGUUUUGGGAACAACCAUCGAGGAUCAGUCGGGAUCCAAAUGCUCAAUUGAAGGAGAGAAAGCCAACAAGGUUGAUGAUCAAGAAGAUGAUCUUGAGUUGUGCUCCAUGUAUACUCAUCUGGAGAGCGACCCACCGCAAGCCAUAAUUGCAAUCACAGGACACGAAGUUGUUUACUUAAAGCCCCACCUGUUAGCCGUUUUGCCCGAGUUUUGGGGAAGAAGUUGCGACAACCCAUACAACUUCUUACACGAAUUUUACAAACUCUAUAAGAGUCAGAAAAGGCCUGUUGGAUCAAGUGAGGAUGACUAUAGGCUUAGGGCCAUCCCUUUCUCUCUUAAAGGGGAGGCAAACACUUGGUUCAUGAGACUAUCGUUGAAUUCUAUCAAACUAUGGUCCGAUUUCAAGAAUGUAUUUUUGGAAAAUUUCUUCCCAGUAGCGAAGACAAGAACACUCAGGAGGGAAAUCCAAGAAGUUGCACAAGGGUAUGAUGAGACCCUGAUUCAGUACUAG